AAUGCUGCUUUCUCCAAAUUGUAUUAUAGAAAAGACAAAAGCAAAUCAUUUUAAGGUUAACUUUCAAGGAGAGGACGUCGCAUUUUUACGGAAGGUAUUGUUGGAUAGAAUAUGGUACCAAGGAAAACCUCUGGAUUUUGUUCCAAUAAUCAGACACUUUAAGAUUAGUCCAGAUAAAUUUGACUACUCAAUUCCAAGAAAUAACAUAAUUGAUCGAUUUGAAUAUCCAACAGAAUAUGUUUCUUUUAUCAUAUUUUCUCCCUAUUUUCGCAAAAAACUGUUUGAUACUUUACGACACCAAGACGCCAAUUUUCAAAUAAAGAGGAUUGAUCAGGUUCUUGAAAUAACUUACCGUUUUAAAAGAUCAAAGCAAAUCUUAAAUGAAAAUUCGUCACGUAUUUGGAAAAUAAAAGUAGAAGAGGAAUUGGCAGAUUUUUUCAAAAAACUAGUGCAAAUCAAAGUUGAAGAUGGUUUCUUUUAUAAAAUACCAUCAGGCAGAGAUUUGCGUAUAAAUGGUGUAUUAGUUGAAUAUUGUUCAAAUCCUCCUCAUAUUAAAUUAACAGGAUCACGUGAACAUAUUGUAAAGAUUGAAAAAAUUAUGAAAAAUCUAAACACAUCGUGUAAAACUCUUGAUAUUAAUACUAGGGAUCCAGCUGUUAAACAGUUCUUGUUACAAAAUGGUCUACUUGAUGAACUGAGAAAGAAAUAUGUAAUAGUUUUACUCUUAAAUGACGAUAAUUCUAGAACUUAUAGAAUUUUUAGCUGUUCAAGUGAUGAACAUUCUAUAAGGAGCUUUAUUCAACAACAAGAAAAUUUUAUUAAAAGUAGAAAAAUUGAUGUAAUCCACCAAAAACAUCUUCUCAAAAAGUUGAAAUUUUUCAUAAAAAAUGAUGAAGACUAUUGUUUAAUAUAUGAUGAACAGUCCACUUUUAUUGCUGCUCAAUCAAAUGAAACUUUGGACAUUAUUGAAAGUUAUCUAUUGAGUCUUACGUUUGAUGACAGUUCUUGUAGCCAAAGUCGUAGAGAGACAGCGAUGGAAACGGAAACAUAUACAUCAAAUCCAUGUAAGUCUAGUGCUAGCGAGAACGUGAAAGACAAUAAAUUGUCAUAUUUCGAAAGACAAAUAGAAAUAUCAGAGGAAACGUACAUUAAUUGGAGCUACGAAUUGACCCAAAUUGAAAAUAGUAAUCCCAUAGAGAUAUUAUACAAAAGAGAACCGAAAUUUUAUACAAAUCUUGUUAUACGUGGAGAAGCUAAAUGUGUUGACAAGACGUAUAAUUUAAUAAAUAUGUUAAAGUGUGAACAAGUUAAUGGAAUUUCUAACAUAUGUAAUGAUGAGGAGCAUAUAUGUUAUUUAUCCAAACUAUACAAAAACAAUAAUGGUAAAAUGGAAUAUAGAUACAAACUUCACUCUCUAAAUGAUAUUACUUAUAUUAUCUGCCCACCAUUUAUUCAAAAUAUUAGAAAACAUAAUGAUCAAAUAUGUAAAGUCAUAGUUUCUCAUCAUUUCGAUAAGCUUUAUACGCAAGCAAUUGUAAUUAAUUCUUAUACAAAGAUCGCUUAUUUCUCUAAAGAAGUUAGAAGAAAAUUUGAAGAAACAAAAAGCAAACAGAAAGUCAUUGAUGAGUUUUGUCAACUUCAGCAACAAAGAAUAUUUUAUAUUUCAAACCCUUCUUAUUUGAAGAAAGAGAAUUUUGAAGAUUGUCUCGAAAGAUCUAAUAAAUAUCAAUAUAAAUCUAUUCAAUUUUCAUUAAUACAAGAAACCCACUGUUCCAGAGAAAGUGAAUUAACACCUGAAAAAGUUGCUGAAACGAUUUUAGAUGCUAUUUUUUCAAAAAUUAUAUCUUUCAACAGCCUUGAAAUAAUUCACAUAAACACUCGAAACGAAAAACAAACUAAUGACAUAUUACCAUUGCUAUUGGAAAGAGUUAACACUCUAACUACUAAUACUGAUAGCAAAUGUCUUGUAAAAUGGUCCAACUAUCCAUCUUCUAUUGUUAACAUAGAAUAUGGCUCACUGAGCGACCAACAAGCAGACAUAAUUGCCUAUGGAGCCGGGGAACAACUAGAAAGUAGCAUACUCUCAAAAUUAUUGUUGGAGAAGGCAGGAUAUCAAUUACAAACAGAAUUUGAUUCGAAAAAGUAUCAGGAAAAAGAAAUUAUUGAAACAAAAGGUUAUAACCUUAAUUGUAAAUAUGUUUUUCACACACGUUUUAAACUAUACGAAUAUGACCGAGACCUUUCAAAUAUGGCUGAUGUAUUAGCUAAAUGCUUUCGGAGAGCAGGGUUACUAAAUGCAAAGACUUUUUCUCUUCCACUAGUUGGGUCAGGGAUUUUAAAGUAUCCAGAGGAAAGUGUAAUUAGUUUAGUAAAAACUAUUGGCAAUACUGUAGGCCGAAGACAUGGUCUGAGAAGGAUUACUAUUGUGGUUAUUGAUCCUGGUAUUUAUAGGGCAUUACAAAAUCACGUAAAGACAGUCAGUCCUAUUUGGGAAAAUUGUUAUGAUAAUUUUAUCCUUUAUGAUAGAAUAAAUUUAUAUAUUUGCGUUAAGAAAAUGACAGAAUCAACUUUUGAAAAAACAGCUUACGUGUACUUUUACCAAAAUUCGCAGCAUAAAGAGUUUGAGAGAAUAGAGCAAAUCCAUCAAAUAUCUAGAAAGGAAAUUUUGGAAAAAGCGAAAAAAUCGGAUACUUUCCUUAUAAGUGAUAAAUGUAUUUUUUCGAAAUUGGGUAAAGAAAAGAAACAAGAAAUAUCUACAGUUUUAGACUUUGCACAUAGACAUAAAAUAGAUUCACUUAGCUUUCCUUAUUCAUCAAUUCAACACUCAAGUUUGGAACGAAAUGAUAGUAUUAAGGAUUUUGUUAGUAAUAUAGAACAUUACUUUAAGACGAAAUAUAUUAGUAUAUCCAUCAAAAGAAUUAAUAUAAUAGCAAAUUGCGGCGAGCAAGCCCGUCAAUAUACACGAGAAAUGUUACUUAAAUGUUAUCAAAAUAUAGAAGUAAGAUUAUUCGGAAAAGAAUUGAAUAUUCUUAAAGAUAAAUUUAAAGAAUUAGCAGAAGAAAUUGAUAAAGAAGUUUAUUACUAA